UUCGUUUGUGGAAGUUGAGACUGAACAACAUUCUGAAAUUUCGCAGAGAGAGAGAGAGAUCCAUCGGUUGAGAUGUUCCUUCGGUCAAUCGGACGGCCAUUAUUGGCUAAAGUGAAGCAGACGACGGGAAUCGUCGGGCUUGACGUUGUAUCGAACGCGAGGGCGGUGCUGAUCGAUCUCUAUACCAAAACCUUGAAGGAGAUCCAAGCGGUGCCGGAGGAUGAAGGAUACCGAAAAGCUGUCGAAUCGUUUACGCGCCACCGUCUCAAUGUCUGCAAGGAAGAGGAAGACUGGGAGGCAAUCGAGAAGCGUCUUGGUUGCGGCCAAGUGGAAGAGCUCAUCGAAGAGGCACAAGAUGAGCUCACACUCAUUGGGAAAAUGAUCGAAUGGGACCCUUGGGGUGUUCCAGAUGACUACGAGUGUGAGGUAAUUGAGAAUGAUGCACCGAUCCCAAAGCACGUUCCUCAGCACCGACCUGGUCCUCUUCCUGAGGAUUUCUACAGAACCCUUGAAGGUCUAAUUUCAGAGUCCAAAACAAAAAUCCCGGCUGCUAGCUCCACCGAUCCCCUGUUGAAGGAGUAACUUCCAGUUUUCACAUUGUUUGUGUUCUUGUUGCUUUGUUUGGCUACUGUUGCUUUGUCAUCCUCUGCAUAAAUUGCGUACUAAUUUUGAAAACUAUAACAAUACCUUAAAAUGUCUUAUCAUUUUUCUAAAAAAACUAUGAUAAUACAAAUGAUGCUUCUUCCCC